AUGUCAUCUAAACAUCCUUGCAUCAAAGAUGGGUGGUUUAAUGAAGUUAGUGAUAAGAGUUUCCCAGGUCAAGCAUUCUCAUUGAAGGUCAACAAGAUCCUAUUUCACGAGAAGACGCAAUUUCAGGAUAUACUGAUAUUUGAAUCGUCAAAUUAUGGUAAUGUCUUAGUGUUGGAUGGUAUCAUUCAGGUAAGUGAGAAAGAUGAAUUUGCGUACCAAGAACUGAUCUCUCACGUUCCACUGUAUUCACACGAGAACCCAAAGAAAAUUCUAGUUAUAGGAGGUGGAGAUGGUGGGGUUUUGAGAGAAGUGGUGAAACAUUCUUGUGUAGAGGAAGCUACACUGGUUGAAAUUGAUGCUAAAGUCAUAGAGUUAUCAAAGAAGUACUUGCCAAACAUGGCGUGCUCUUUCAAGCAUCCCAAGGUAAAUGUGAAGCUGUGCGAUGGGUUCCAAUUCUUACGAGAUGUCGCAGAAUCGGGUACAAAGUACGACGUAAUAAUUACUGAUUCGUCUGAUCCGGAAGGGCCUGCAGAAGCAUUUUUCCAGAAGGAAUACUUUGAGCUGUUGUACAAAGCGUUGACUGAAAAUGGUGUUGUUAUUGCACAGGCUUCUGAAAAUGUCUGGCUGAAUUUAGAAUAUUUGAAGACGCUUCUGAAUACGUCUCGUUCAGUUUUUCCAGUAGCUGAGUAUUGUUACACUAUGCUACCCACUUAUACCUCCGGUCAAUUAGGGUUGAUCGCAUGCUGUAAGAAUCCAAACACAAAUCUCAUUGACCCCUGUCGUGCUCCAACUGAGGAUGAGCAAUCUCAGAUGAGAUAUUAUAAUAACAAGAUGCAUUCCGCUGCUUUUGUCUUACCUACAUGGGCUAGAAAGGUACUAAAUCCAUUGUGA